UUAGCUUUGUUUCGGAAAAUUUACGGCGAUCAGGUUUCUGCUGAGUUGCUUAAUUUAAUUUAAAUUCAACUUCAGCCAUCAAAAGAAGCAAUAUUUUCUUAAGUUGGUUAAUCUAAAGCGUUAGCUUUACUAAUUAACAAUGGAGAAUAGUAGCACCGUGGCCGGAGCCGUUUGCCAGAUUGAAGAUCUGGCACCUUUCAACUCCGUUGCCGAGAACAAUGCUGCUCCGACAACGAAACACCCGACAAAUGCGAUUACGAACAACAAUCCGGACGAGCUCAACGAUGUCGAGUUUUUGGACGAUUACAAGGCAGAAGUCGUGCGGUCCUUGCAGCUUGAAGCGGCUGCGAAGGGUCCUCCAGUCGAUUACCGUGAGCUGUACCUGCGACGGGUCGCCCAGACCUUCGCGAGCGAUCUUCGGCUGAAGAAAGAGGUGGCCAAGCUGCGUCGGUACGAAGCCCUGAACGUAAAGUUGGAGCAAAAGCUGGCGGCAGCCAAGGCGGAGCUCAAGCUGUUGAAGAAGGAGGUGAGCAUUCUGCUGAAACGCAGAGCCAGGGAACGAUUCCAGAAGCGGUUGCGUUUUGGCAGCGUUGCUCGGAAGCGUGUCGGAAAUCCGUUCCGAAUGGUGCGCAAGUGAGGGCAGUUAAGUUAUCGUUUAUCCGGAGUUAUCGUUUAUUAUUAUAUCGGACACUAAUAUCCUUUGACCUAAAACGUGAUUAUAAAAUGAUAGUAUCGUAAUAAAUAUCAGAAACUUG